AUGGCUUCGAAAUCCAAGCAAACUGCUACUGUAGCAGCAAGAAAGGUGGCUGCACGCAUGCGUGCAGCCGGAAAGAGUACUUCUCACACCUCAGCAGCAGGUGAUAUAUCGCCUGCUGCUGUGAACAGUCCGCGUGGUGAGUCACUACGUGUGACAGGUGCAUCCGCUGUGUCUGCAGCGGGUACCGCGAAUCGUAAUCCAUAUGGGCCGGAAAUAGAGUUUAUCUAUUCUGGCGAGUCGGUUGAGGCAUACGAUUCGAAGGCGACUCCUCACGCCUCUGGAUCACCCGGGGCGGACAGUGCAAGAGCCAGGCUGACUGGCUCUGGUCAGCGCGGCGAUAUCAUGACCGAGAUCUUCGAAAUCAAGUAA